AUGGGCAAGACAAAGAUCAGAAAACAAGUUUCGUUCGACAGCGGACUAAAGGAAGUUGUUGCGGAGGAGAUCAAGAAGAAGAAGAAGGUUGGAUCCUCUUCCAAAACUGCACCCAUAUUAACAAAUAGAAUCUUGUUAAUCCCCAUUCAUUAUGCACUUAAUUUAGCUGGCAUGUUUUGGUUCGGACUAAUGGAAAACACUCAAAAGACCUUGUUGAAAGGAGCAUUGAACCUUGCAGUGAUGCAAAUAGCAUAUGAUUAUCUAAUCGUCAGAUUACUGAAAACAAGUGCUAAGGAUUCCACCAAUACUCCACUUUUAGUCAUAGGAAGUAUAAUUGUAUGCUUACUAUUAUCCUUUCCCUUGAGUGUGUUGUUGAUUAUCUUGGGAGCUCCGGUCACGUCUCAUUUGUAUCUGACAUAUCUUUUGGCAUUGCACUUGUCUUUGAUAGUCAUUAAUCCUAUUCUUGUGGUGUAUCAAUUCCAAUUGGAUAAGUUUUAUCAGAGUCUUCAAUUCAGUAAUGAUUCUCAAGUAUUCAAAUCAGUUAUUUUGAAGAGUUCCAUCUUGUUGUCGGCGUUCCUUGCUGUUUUGGGAACCUGGUUGGGAGUUAUACCUAUUCCAUUGGAUUGGGACAGACCAUGGCAAGCAUGGCCAAUCACUUUGGUUACAGGUGGAUAUACUGGUGCCUUUUUAGGUGGACUUAUAUCAUGUAUGUUUUAG